UUUACCAAAUAGUAGUUGUUCAUUAACUUAACUGUCCAAUAAAGGAAUUCUCCUCUAUGGCUCUGUCAUUUCCAAAAUGGGGAAACAAUUGUUCACUCUCUGGCUGGCUUUGUCUUCACAAAUUCUAUUAACAAAUGCUGUGAUCUAUCAGAAUGACAUUGAAAUCUACAGCCUGCACAUUGACUGCAGAGUUGUGUCACGUUAUGCCCACACAGUCAUCAAAAGCAGAAUUGUCAACAAGGCAAAUGAAUCCAAGGAGGCUCUUUUUGAAGUGGAGCUACCCAAGAAAGCCUUCAUCACAAACUUCAGCAUGACCAUAGAUGGAGAAACAUACCCUGGAAUAAUUAAGGAGAAAAAGGCCGCUCAAGCUCAGUAUGAUUCCGCCAUUUCACGAGGUCAAAGUGCUGGAUUGGUCAAAUCAGCUGGAAGAAAAUUGGAAAAGUUUAGUGUUUCAGUUAAUGUUGCAGCAGCCAGUAAAGUUAACUUUGAGUUAAAUUAUGAGCAAUUACUUGAUCGAAAGCUAGGGAAAUAUGAAUUGAUCAUCAAAGUCAAGCCCAAACAACUGGUGAAAGACUUUCAGAUUGAUACUCACAUCUUUGAGCCACAAGGCAUAUCCUUCUUAGAAACAGAAAGCAGUUUCUUGAACAAUGAAAUAAAGGAUGCUCUCGUAAAGACACAGGAGGAGACCAAGGCUCAUAUUUUGUUUAAACCAACCUUAAGUCAGCAAAGGAAAAACCCUGAUUCCGAAGAGACUCUUCUAGACGGAGAUUUCCUCAUACGUUAUGAUGUUAAAAGGGAUGUUGCCAUAGGUGACAUACAGAUCGUGAAUGGUUAUUUUGUCCAUUAUUUUGCACCCAGUGAAAUGCCAGUAUUUCCCAAAAAUAUCAUCUUUGUUAUAGAUAAAAGUGGAUCUAUGAUUGGCAAUAAAAUUCGGCAGACUAAAGAAGCCUUGGAAAAGAUUUUGGAAGAUCUGAAUCCUAAAGACCAUUUUAAUUUAAUUGUCUUUAGUAGUCGUAGUUCAAAGUGGAAGCCCACUUUGUUGCAAGCCAGCAAGGAGAAUGUGGAAUCAGCUAAACAGUAUGUUCAAACCAUUCAUGCGCAUGGAGGAACAAAUAUUAAUGAAGCUCUUUUGACAGCCAUUAAUUCUCUGGAUCAAGCCACUUAUGAGGAAUUAUUGCCAGAAAACAGCAUUUCAAUGAUCAUUUUGCUGACAGAUGGUGAACCCACUGUUGGUGAAACAAACCCUAAGCAAAUACAGAAAAACAUAAAUCAAGCAAAUCAAGGGAAGUAUUUUCUCUACUGCCUUGGCUUUGGAUUUGAUGUAAGCUAUAGUUUUCUGGAGAAGUUGGCCUUAAAUAAUUCGGGAAUUGCUCGACGUAUAUAUGAGGACUCAGAUGCAGCCCUUCAGCUCCAGGACUUUUAUAGUGAAGUGGCUAUUCCUAUCCUGAAGGAGAUUAAUAUAAAUUAUCUUGGCAAUGCUGUAGAGGAUGUCACUGAGAAUAACUUUAAGUUGCUCUAUGAGGGUUCUGAAAUUGUAGUGGCUGGAAAACUUGACAAUGAAAUUGAUACAUUUUCCUUGGAAAUAAAAGCUCAGGGGCAUGGAAGCAAUUUGACCCUGAAAGAAAAUGCUAAUGUCACAGAGAAAGCACAAGUUUUUGAACAGCAGGAAUACAUAUUUGGAAAUUUCAUUGAAAAACUAUGGGCCUAUUUAACCAUUCAACAGCUAUUAGAAAAGUCCGUUUUGGCAGAAAGAGCAGAGAAAAAAAACCUGGAAAACCAAACAUUAAACCUCUCUCUGAAGUACAGCUUUGUAACACCCAUGACUUCCAUGGUGGUCACUAAGCCAGAAGCUGAAGAGGUGGCUAACAAGCCAACAGAAGAAGAUAAUGAGGAUUUCCAGGAAAAUUUUCGAAGAUUUGCUGGAAGUUCAGUUGUGCUUCAACACCCAGGCUACGGUGCAAGGUUGGUUGCUUCAAAUUUCAGGCUUAGUGUUCCUGAUGAAUCUCUGAUGCGUUCAGCUGGUCCCCCAGGUCAUCCUAUCUCAGGGAGCUAUUUCAGGAAGCCGACAGAGCAUUCAAGAAAGAAAGUACAUUUCGACCCAAAGUUAAAGUCAGGAACUCAUGUUCUUGCUAGGACUUCAAAUCUCCAUUUCCUUUUUCAAGCACCUAGUGAAAAAAAAUUAAUUUGUUUAUCUAUUAAUGGACAGCCACAAACACCCUUAAAUCUGUUAUCUGAUCCAGAGAAAGGGAUCCAAGUGACCGGCAAGCUUGGUGAAAACAAUCAUUUUACAGAAUUUGAAAUAACUUAUCCGAGGCUUAACCUGGAAAUAAAGGUGUCAACAGAAAAAAUUACACUGCAAAGUAAUGGCUCCAGUCACUCUUUUGUGUGGAAUGACAGAGACUCUUUAACAAUUGAAGGGCUGAACAUUACACUGACGAGUGAAGAAAGUCUAUUUCUGUCAGGACCAGACAACAUUGUAACCAAAAUUUUCUAUGUUCCUCCUCCACUUGGUUGGCUUGGACUGUACUUUGAGAAUAGCAAUUAUUUUUCUAAUCAGGUUACUGGACUUUUUGGUCGGUUUUUCUCUAAUACACGUUUUGAAAGACCUUCUGGUCAAGUAAGAGAAAUUUUGGUACAGGGACAGCGCAAUGUAGCCAUCAGGACACGUGAGAAGGACUAUAGAACUGGAUUUAGUCAAACUGAAGUUACCUGCUGGAAACUGAAUAUAGAUCCUUAAAGAACACACACAACAGCAAAAGAUUGUUACUGCUUAAUGUCCAUGAUUUUAUUAGAUAGCAUAAAGUCAUCCACAUGUUUUUCAGUUUAAUUACAUUAUGGGCAUAAGAGUGAAUGGCCACACUUGUUGAAUAACACUGCUACCUCCAUAAAAUUUGGUACCUCAUGGAAACCUAAAUUCAAAGAACUGAUUUUAUUCUCAAAGGGAAAAGGAAGCCUAUCAUUGUCCUUACUAAGAAGUCAUAUCUUUUUUCGAUUUAGUUCAAACUAACAUAUAUUAUUGUGAUACAAAUCAAUCUACAUUUCCUUAUUGGGUUAACAAUAAAGAUAAACUGUUUCUGAUAAGAAUAACAAUAAUGACAUCUUGCCAGUUUAAUAAAAAAAUUGGAAAAAAGAAGUAUUGGACUGAGUUUCUAGGCAACUAAUGUAAUGAUUCUGCAUUAGAUUAUAUAAAAGUAUAUAACUAUUUGCAUGUUACUGUUAUGCUAAUUCCUGCUGAACAAAUAAUUCCAAAAAAAUAUAUAUAUUGCCUUUUCUAAAUUUUACCCCAAAAAAAAUUUAAAUGUAAUUUCACAAUUUACCCUCAAUGAUAAAUUGCACAUUUUCACGUACAUGUUUUAUCAAAAAGGAUACUAUAUCAUAUAAAAUAAUUUAAAAUGCUUUCCCCCACAAAGCAUGAGAGAGAGGGAGGGAGGGAGAGAGAGAAGAGACUAACCACAAAGUAGUUUCCUUAAGAAUAGCCAAGUAACCUCAGUCUUACCUUACGGUUCUAAUAUUGUUAAGCAUUGUUGGGCAGCUGGAUAGACACAGUGGUGCUUAAAUUCGUAAUCAUAUACGUUUUUCUGCAAGUGCUCUAGCCAAAAGCACAUCUACUGCAGGUUUACAGGAAUGUGUGACUUUUAAUUUUA